GUGGAAGCUGUCGGUCUGCGACUCCUCUGCCUUUAGAGAGAAAACGGUCCUGAAAGCCUUCCGGGUCCAGAGUCCUAACUGCCUCAGUCAGAGUGGAGGUCAGCUGAUCCGGCUCCUUAAAAUAACCCGGACCCUCCCCCCCCCACCCAGCCGGGUAUGCCGGGUCCAGAUCGGAUAAACAGGACACAGCAAGAGAACGGUUCUGGUGGUUCUGGAAUAAACUGUGGAUUUCUCUGAGAGACUUUUGGACCUGUCAUGGCGUCUGCCAGCGUCUCCCGCCCCGGUUCUGGAGGUUCUGGAGGUUCUGCUCUGGCAUUCGAGGAUUAUUCUCUGUACAGUAACCUGACUGAUGACGAGCUGCUGCAGCUGGCCAUCGAGCGCAGCCUGACGGAGACACAGUGCAGCGGUGCUGCCGCCGUGCAGACCGCCGCCGUGCAGACCGCCGCCGUGCAGACCGCCGCCGUGCAGACCGCCCGUCUCCAGGACAACGUCCCGGAACCGACCAGCACCAGCAGAUAUCAGCGUCGAACCCCCAGCAGCCAGAAUCCUCCUGCAGCCCAGACCAGCGCCACCUACAGCUCCCCCAACCCACCGAAGGAGAAACCGCCCGACCUGAAGACCUUCAAUGGAACGGUGAGUCGCUUCAUGACAGGUUCUGGGAAGAGGAUGGUGGCGUACUACAAAAAUGACGGCAGCUUGGUCCACAUUGCUCCAGAACCUGAGGAGGAGGAGGAGCCUCUGUUCCGGGCGAUUCGUGAAGGCAACGCCAACAAGGUGAGAGCCCUGGCCGUGUGUCCGGGAACCAACCUGAUGCUGCCCAGUAAGCCGGGCUGGCUGGCCAUCCACCAGGCCGCCUGGUUCGGACAGGACUCCUGUCUGCGAAUGCUGCUGUCAGCUCAACCAGGAAUGGUCAACAAGAGGACGUCACGUGGCGAGACGCCGCUGCUGGUCGCCGUCAGCAGAGUCCAACUGGGAUGCGUUCAAGUGCUGCUGGAAAACGGAGCCGACCCAGAAAUCCCGAACUAUGAGAAAGAGACUCCGCUGUACAAAGCCUGUGAGCGGAACAGCGCGGCCAUUGUUGCGGCGCUGCUGAACCACGGUGUGGCCGUGAACACGCGGUGCAUUCAGGGAUGGACCGCCCUGCAGGAAACCGUGGUCCGCAGCAACCUGGAGAUCUGCGACAUGCUGCUGAAGGCCGGCGCCAAGCUGAACCUGCGGAACAUGUACGGCAUCACGCCGCUUUUCACCGCCGCUCAGAACGGCCAGAUGGCCGCGCUGCGCUUCCUCAUCAAACACGGCGCAGACGUGAACACUCAGGCUGACGAUGGAGCCACGGCGCUGUAUGAAGCCGCCAAGAUGGGACACCAGGAAGUGGUGCAGAUGCUUCUGUCCCUGAAGGCUGACGCCAACAAGCCUGGGAAAACGGGAAUGUUGCCGCUCCACAUCGCCGCGCAGAGAGGAAGUGACGCAAUCGUCUCCAUGUUGAUCCCAGUCACCAGCAAGGCCCGGGUCCGGCGGACCGGGAUCAGCCCGCUGCACCUGGCGGCGGAGCGUAACCGUGACGACGUCCUGGAGAUGCUGAUCGAGGCGGGCUUCGACGUCAACGCCCAGCUGUCGGAGGAGCGCACGCGGCUGUACGAGGACCGCCGCAGCACGGCGCUCUACUUUGCCGUCAUCAACAACAACACAGAGGCGGCGCGCAUGCUGCUGGCGGCCGGCGCCGACCCCAACCUGGACAUGUUCCGGCCGCUCAUGGUGGCCUCCAGGAUGGGCUGCAUCCAAAUCGUCAAGCUGCUGGUGGAGCACGGCGCCGACAUCAACGCCGCCAUCCCCACCCACCCCACCACCUUCCCGGCCGUCUACAUGUUCUCCAUGAAGUACCUGCCGCUCUUCAAGUACCUGCUGGACCACGGCGGCCACGCCCUGCCCUGCUUCCACUGCCGCUACGGCGGCCGGCCGCACCCGCCCCUCAAGACCAGCCGCUCCAACUGGAACGAGGACGCCGACCGCCCGGCUGCUCAGGGGCCGGUCACGAGGGGCGUGCAGUUCUGUGAGAUGAUCUCAGUCCCAAGUAUCUGUCGGUGGGCGGGGCCAAUCAUCGACGUCCUGUUGGACUACGUUGGUCAUGUGACCCUCUGCUCCAGACUGAUGGAGCACCUGGACAGUUACUCUGGCUGGAGCGCCAUCAAGGAGAAGGCAGCCCCUCCGCGGCCGCUGCUGCAGCUCUGCAGGCUGCGGAUCCUGCAGCUGGUGGGACGCAGGAAGCUGAAACGGCUGCCGCUUCCUGGUGGCCUGAUCCGCUUCCUGAAGCACCAGGAGCUUCCUCCGGACGACGAGAGCUGAAGCAGAGCGCUGACCCGGUGAGCAUUCAGGACCGGCUCCAGACGGCGUCUCGCCUGGGACGCUUCCAGCAUCGAUCCAGUGGCGACACCACCUCAGAAGAGGAGGAGGAGGACUCUCACACAGACUCUGAAUGGCUGGAACGGUAUGAUGUCACUGAUGUGUUUCCAUCAGAGAUUAGUUAGCUGGUUGUUGUCAUGGAAACUGAACAGAUGAUGUCAUGUUUUGAUGUGUCAUUAAACGGUUUUACUGCUGUA